AAAAUUGUGAUUCCAUUAUAUUGUGGGGGAAUAGCAACCCCCUACCUUGUGCGUGUUUGCUCCGGGGACUCACAGGUCACAACCUCCACAUUCCGUGUUCGUUCUUCCAUUUCGGUACAACUGAAAAGUAACACCAUGAUUCAGUUUCAGUGAUGGAAGUCGAAGCUAGGCGAAUCAGGAGGUUUGUGCCUCAGAGGCCCUCACACCGCACUAUUCUCCCGCUUCACGCUUCUUCCUCCUCCCACAAUGUUUCCAACACCAUUUCCUGCUGGUAUUGCGACUACAAAAUCUGCUCGUUUAAUAGACCUCUUUUCCACUUUGGUCGCCGAUACGCCAGGUUUUUGAAAGUGUGGUUUUCGAUUGGGGUUGGGUUUGCCCUCUCUGCUGUACUCGGAGUCACUUUGGUUCUCCUUUGGGAACUAGCCAGAACAUUGCAUCUCUGUGCCGGCAGCAAUAAGCUUGGAAGCUUUGCUAGAUCCUUGCUAUUUGGCAUCCCUCCUUCAGUCCCUGGUUUAAGUUUAUCGCUUGCUGAUACUGGGUAUGCAUGUGUUUCUACCAUCAUAUCUGUCUUCAUGCAUGAAUUGGGUCAUGCAGUUGCUGCCACAAGUGAGGGAAUACAAGUAGAGUACAUUGCCGUCUUCAUUGCGAUUCUAUUUCCUGGUGCUCUGGUUGCCUUCAAUUAUGAAUUUUUGCAGACUUUGCCUCAUUUGACUGCCCUGCGUGUGUAUUCUGCUGGCAUUUGGCACAAUGCAGUUUGUUGUGCAGCUUGCGGAAUGGCAUUAUUCCUCUUGCCCAUGAUCUUGUUUCCCUUUUACAGCAGUGAUAGUAGUCCCAUGGUUUUGAAUGUACCCCCAACCUCACCUUUGUUCGGUUAUUUAGCUCCUGGUGAUGUUAUUCUGUCAGUAGAUAAUGUAACCAUCAGAAAUGCACAGGAAUGGUUGAAGCUUAAUACAUUGACAUAUAACAUUAAGCUUAAUAAUGUAAAUGUUUCUCAGCGCUCCGGAAACUUGGGGGUUAUCAACAGAAUGAAAGGUUACUGUGUUCCCAGUUUUAUGAUGGAUGAAAGCAAAAUUACUGAAUUGCUGGAAAAUCAACAUGCUUGUCCCAGUGAACUUACUGCCUUUGUAAAAUCUUUAUGCUCUGCUAAUGUUACACUGGAUGAUGGUCAGAGCGAAACUGAUCUUUUGAACAGAGGAUGGAAUAUGUACUGCUUAAAUGCUAAAGAUGUUGUCAAACGCUAUAGGUGUGGUGAUGACUGGGGACUAGCUAUAACCAAGGGAGGUGGCUGUACGUGCUCUCAGGAUGAAUUUUGUUUAGCUCCAGUUCAGGAGCCUGGAUCGGUAUGGGUUGAGAUUGCAUAUUCAAGGACUUCUCAUGAAUGUUUGUCACAUGUACAAAACAGAUUUCCAUUUUCUGAAACUUCUGGUGUUAAGGAAACUAAUUGUGGUGGUACUUUUAUUUUUGUUGGCGAUGUCAUCUCUAUGGCACAUUCGAUUCAGCUAACAUCAUAUCAGCCUCGCUGGGGACCACAAAUUGUUGCAUAUUUUCCAAAUUUACUGGAAAGGAUUUUAAUAUGGACAUUUCAUGUCUCUCUGGCUCUGGCUCUUCUCAAUGGUUUGCCUGUCUAUUUUCUGGAUGGUGAAUCUAUUUUAGAUGCAACUUUAUCCCACUUUACUUCGUUAAGCCCAGGGAAGAGGAAGAAGGUUCUUAGACUAUGCCUUCUUGGUGGGUCAGUUAUUUCUAUUAUUGUCUGUUUCCGGGAACUCCUUUAGUUGUCUUUUUUUAUUUUUACUUCAUUUUCUUAUUAUUAUUUGUAAGGAGUAUGGGAACAGCUCAAUCAACUUCACACACUGAAAAUCAGGAAACUUUUAACAGAACAUGAUAUUUAGCAAUCCAAUCUUUGAAUUAUUAAGUAAUUAAUAUACUAAUUCAUAAAUAUUUUAUACUGUA